GCAUCAGAUCCCAUCCCAGCCAAGAAGUCUAAACAUGAAGACUUCCCAUCGCUGCCCCUGUCCGAGAAGCAACCCGAUUGGCUACGAUCCCUCUCGGCUUCGGCCAAUAAGACUCUCAACUUUUUCCAGCCCAGACAAAGGCCCUCGGCUUUCAGGCCCUGGUCCCCUAACCUCUCAGCUGGGGACAAAGACACGCCCAGCCGCCCUCUGGCUCUCCUGAGAGACAGGUGAGCACAAUAUACUCAUAACAACAAACUACCCUGAAGAAACACACGUCAACAUAGUACACCAAGCUUUUAACACACGUCAACAUAGUACACCAAGCUUUAAACACACGUCAACAUAGUACACCAAGCUUUAAACACACGUCAACAUAGUACACCAAGCUUUAAACACACGUCAACAUAGUACACCAAGCUUUAAACACACGUCAACAUAGUACACCAAGCUUUAAACACACGUCAACAUAGUACACCAAGCUUUAAACACACGUCAACAUAGUACACAAGCUUUAAACACACGCAACAUAGUACCCAAGCUUUAAACACACAGUCAAACAUAGUACACCAAGCUUUAAAACACACGUCAACAUAGUACACCAAGCUUUAAACAACACGUCAACAUAGUACACCAAGCUUUAAACACACGUCAACAUAGUACACCAAGCUUUAAACACACGUCAACAUAGUACACCAAGCUUUAAACACACGUCAACAUAGUACACCAAGCUUUAAAAGCAGCAACUGUUUGGUUGUUUUGAGAACACAGCUACGGCAGCCAUUUUGGAUGGGAAUUUUGUGCUCAUUCCCAUGUGAUGGAUGUGCUCCCUCCCAGCAUGCUUCACUAUCAGGAGGGACCACCUGCUUGUCUGGGUGGGCUGAGGUUAGAGGGGCGGGGCUGACGGUCCCACUGCCUCCCACAUGGCACCACUCACACACACUCAACCGUGGGCACCCACUCGGCGUGAAUCACCACACACACAUAAGAACAUUACACACAUUACAUUCAUACAGGAGCACACACACUUGAUCUGAUCCAUUUUUCACUUAGUAGGAGUGAAUAUCCAACGGAAUAUUACAAGUGGCUCUGGAUCUCCCUGAUCGAGCCAAACCCAUUUUGGAUUCAGAAAUAAAGUAUCACGCAUGCUCAUUCUUAGUUAAUUGUCGAACAUUCUACAUUCUUUCCCUGUAGUCCAACCAAAGGCACCUGAAGAUCAACCCCCUCUGACAUCAUCCUCUCUCUCUCUCUCUCUCUCUCUCUCUCUCUCUCUCUCUCUCUCUCUCUCUCUCGCUGUCUCUCUCUCUCUCUCUCUCUCUCUCUCUCCCUCAUUCCAUCUCUCCCUCUCAGCCUCUACAACUUCAAGACCAUGGAGAACGCUGUGUCCCCAAACGUGGCCCUCACGCCCCCACCCCUGACAAAGGCAGGGCCCCUGUUGUCCCCAUCUGUGCCUAGCACCUCCCACCCCAGCACCGGCGAGGCCCCAGGAAAGGGGGCCAGCCCCAUCUCCAGGCCCCGGAAGAGGAGGGCCACAGGGGAGCCCCCCUGUCCCCCAUCGGCUGUAGCCAGCAAGCCUCCACCCCAGGAGGACAAGGACUCGGAAGUGGAGAUCGAGGUGGAGAGCCGAGAGGAAUGUGAGUAACUCAGAAACAUUUUAUGUUUGAAAGAUUGUUGUCAACAGCCGAAAACCUCUUACACUGACACAAAACGUAACCUUCCACUCUCUCCCCUCUCUUACCCCAGUCACUUCCUCCCUGUCCUCCCUGUCCUCCCCAUCCUUCACCUCCUCCAGCUCAGCCAAGGACAUGAGCUCGCCCGGCGCCCAGGUCCCGGUGUGUACGGUGACUUCUGCAGUGUUGAGCCCCGUGGGUGGCCCUCUCGCUGGGGUAGCGGCGGUGGUGUUGGCCCCUGAGGGCCCCGGCCCCGGGGGUCUGGAGUCGGAGUUGGAGAUCAUGAGGCAGGCGCUGGACAGCGGGCUGGACUCCAAGGAGUCUAAGGAGAAGUUCCUGCAUGAGAUCGUCAAGAUGAGGGUGAAGCAGGAGGAGAAGCUGGGCUCAGCCCUGCAGGCCAAACGCAGCCUUCAACAGGUACAGAGACCCGUUAAUCAACUAUGCUAUACCCCAAUUCACAAAUAUAUCAUCAAAUAUCCAUAAACACGUAUAAAAUAUACAUAUAUGCUUUGCAUAGAAAGGCUGAUGAACUAUCCCUGUGUGAUGGGGAACCUUAGCUAAGAUCAGAGGACUCGCGUUAGCUCCCACAGCUAAUGCCUAGGCUUUAGCCCUGUUUUUGUUAAUGCCAGUGUGUCUUAAUUUCCUCAAACUCUAAGUGCUAGACAGAGGGGAAAGUGUUAAGAAAUGGGAAAGUACUGUACACGCAUUAAGCAACUAAUACAGAAGUGUUCUAACUCAGAGGCCUGGCAGCUUACACUAUGACUUGGCAAAAAAACGUUAAACGGAUGUUGCUGCAAAAGCAGUCGGGGCAGACUUCCAUUUUAUUUUGGUCUUGGAAAUAUACCAAUAUAUAUAUAUAUAUAUAUUUUAAACAAGCGACAACUGUGCGCGAUGGUACACAACGUGCAUCCUCUGAGACGGAACAUUCUUGAAUGACUGCAUUCCACUUGGCUUACGUUAAGUCAUUGUCUGUGAGUAUCACUAACAAAACAAACGUCCCAGUUUAAAACAGCAGCCAGAUGAGAGUAAGCAAUCACUUUUGUUCAAAAGUUCUACUUCAUUUACCAAACAGGACAUUUAGUAAAUUGAGCAAGAAGUAGAAUGGGGGAUUGUAGUUGUGUUCUUUUCACCAGACUUUAACGAGGUAGCUAACAAAGCUUGACGACAGAUACGCUUGUCCUGGCAGUUAGGUUCCCAUGACAAGUGUGUUUCCACACACACACACACACACACACACACACACACACACACACACACGUACGCAAGAGAAAUCUGUUAGUCUCGCAGUUUCAAAGAGGAAGGAAACCUCACUUCUGUUCACCCUCUCAUCUUCUUAACCCUUGACCUCUAGUAAACACUGGGCUGUGGUGUAUUGGAAUGCUUCGAACAUGUCCAGUAUAUAGAAGAAAGCUUUAUUUAGUGAUCUUCCUAUGAAUGUAUCAGUAGCUAGCCUACAAGCUCUUAACUCUGCAUCCCUUGGCUGAAACCACUUGACUUGUACAACUUCUAACAUGUCUUAUAACACAGUUAUAGACAUUGUGCAGAAUAAUGUUUUUCACAAUCUUAAUGUUACAUUAAGCUUACAUUGUGUUUGGAUGAGCUUUCAUUGCUUUUUGUUUAAUGAUAGCUCUUUAUCUGUUUUCGAGGAGUUCGCAAUGAGUUUCACAAGGUUCAAAGUUCAACAGGGUUUCCCCAGGCUCAAUGUCAACAGCUAGCUUGUUGUUUGGUUUAGCGUCCUUUAAUAAGUUUAAUGCCAACUCUUCCUCUGUAUGCUAAUUAGGUUACGCUAACCUGUACUCAGGAAUGCUAAUUAGUUAAUGCUAACUCAGGAAUGCUACCUUUAGUGCUCAUGUGUAUGUGUGAACUGUUCCCUAGGAGUUGGAGUUCCUGCGGCUGGCUAAGAAAGAGAAGCUCAGGGAGGCCACGGAGGCCAAGCGGAACCUGAGGAAGGAGAUUGAGCGCCUUCGCGCCGAGAGCGAGAAGAAGAUGAAGGAGGCUAACGAGUCGCGCGUGCAUCUGAAGAGGGAGCUGGAGCAGGCCCGGCAGCUCCGAGUGUGCGACAAGGGCUGCGAGGCGGGCCGUCUGCGCACCAAGUACUCGGCACAGGUGAGGACACACACACACAACACACACACACACAGGCUACUCAAACCCAGACAGAGCAGAGGCCAUAGUCAGUGUCUGUAGUCUGAGUCUGAAGACAUAAACACUCCGAACGGUGGCUAGACGUCAAAGUAAUUGCAACAUUUCUGUCUAACACCAAGGCUAAGUCUUCUCAUGGUCAAUGGGGAAAGAGAGAAAAAAAGUCCUUGUCGAAAAUAAAUGGGUGUAACCCAAAGAGCACAGACGCGAGAUAAGUGCUAGCCCAAAGAGGAAACAGGAAGAGACGUCUAGUUCCUCUUAAGCAUCAUGGGAAAUGUAGAUUAGACAAAACAAAGGGGCGGUACACUGGAUUCCUGUCUGUAGUUUCUCUAAAAAGAACAAUUCACUUUCCAGCCCUGUCAUAAAGCCCUGUCAUAAAAGCCUUUAUUUGAGUGAAUGUUUAAAAUGUUUAUAGUUUUUAUAGUGUUUAUGGGCUUUGGGGAGACAGCUAAGUUAGGUCUGUGUCAGGGUUAGUCCCAAUGUUCACUGUUGUGUGUCUGGGUUAGGGUUAGGGCUAAGGCUAGUCUUAAUGUGUGUCUGGGCAGGAUGUGGAGAGACUUAGAGGUUUGCACGGGCAGGGGGAAGGAUGUGGCCAAUGGCUGUGUGUGUGUGUGUGUGUCUGUGUGUGUCUGUGUGUGUGUGUGUGUUUUUUAAGAGUUCAAAACAUGAUAUUAGGUAGUAAAUAAGAAAAGACAGGAAAUGCUGAAAGUAGACACACCAGGCAUAUAUCCCUUCAUGGUGCUUUUUGUUUUGUUCCAGAUGGAGGACCUGCAGAUGAAGCUCCAGCAUGCCGAGGCGGACCGCGAGCAGCUCCGGGCAGACCUACUGCAGGAGCGGGAGGCCAGGGAACACCUGGAGAGAGUGGUCAAGGAGCUGCAGCAGCAGCUGUGGCCCAAGGAGCAGGACACGCCUACCAAGGACACCCCCGUCAACAACUAA